AUGGAUGAUGAUCAAGGGGAGGAAAUUAAACAAGUCCAUUUGAUUGAUAAUUUUUCAAUUAGACAAGUUCGAUAUAUUAUUAGAGAUGAAUUAUUGAAAUUUAUUGUAAAGUAUGAAAAUUCAUUGACAAGAGAGGGAAUUUUAAAGAAGAAUCAAGUAUCAAGAAAUUCCAAUAAUCAGGAAAAUAUAGUUGUUGAUGAUACUAAAUCAAUGAAUGAGGGUUCCACAAUUGAGAAUCAACGUUUAAUGGAAUUAUUUCAAUCGAGAUUGGAACUGUUCAACUUUUACUUUUCACAUUUCUAUAGGAAAUUACCAAGUGUGAAUGCAAGUGAAUCAACUAACAAGCAAAUUUCCAUAGUUUCUUCCUUAUUUCAACAUAAGGAUCAAUUGGUUGACUCUUCAUCAACUUUAAACAACAAUACUGAAACGAAAAAGAUUUUGAUUAUUGGAGAUGGUGGAGUUGGAAAAACUACAUUUUGCAGAUCAAUGAAUGAUGAUUUUCAGUUUGAUAAACGAUAUCUAGUAACUAUGGGAUGUGAAGUCAAUUCGUACCAAUUGAAAAUUGGCAAUUUGGAAACAAAUCUCAAUUUAUGGGAUACAGCUGGUCCUGAAAAAUUUGGUGCACUCAGAGAUGCCUAUUAUGUAAAUGCUUCAGCGUGUAUCAUUAGCUUUGAUCUUACGAGUAGAAUCACUUAUAAAAAUACGCCAAAUUGGUUCAGAGCUAUCAAACGAGUGGAACCUGAAUGUGAAGUGAUUAUUGUUGGAAUGAAACUAGAUCAAACCGACAAUAUAAAGGUACAACCCAAGCAUAUUAUCUUUCCACGUAAAAAGUAUUGUCCUUAUAUUGCAUUGAGUUGUCUUCAACAGGUUAAUAAUCGUGCAGUAAUGUGGUAUGCAGCUUUGAUUAGUCAUUUUGUUUCGAAUUUGAAAGGUGUUCCUGAAACUCCAACUUGCAAUGAAUGCAAUAAGGAACAAUUCGAUUUUAACCUUUAG